GAUUUUGGUAAAUAGUUGGAUUGAAAGAAUUAACAUAUGUAUUUUAUUGUAGAUGAUUUUAAAAAUGGCAAAAACAGCAAAAACGCUUUUAAGAAAAGAAAUAGCCGAAAAGUUAAAAGGUAUAUCAGCAGAAGAAAGGAAUAGGCAAUCAGAAAUAGUUCAGGAAAAGUUGUUUAGUUUACCAGAAUUUAAAUCUUCCAAAAGAGUAUCAGUGUUUUUGAGCAUGGAUACCGAAAUUAAUACAGAACCAAUAGUUCGCAAACUCUUUGAUGACGGCAAGGAAUGUUUUGUUCCAAGAUACACAAAAACUAAUAUGCAAAUGGUAAAGCUAACUUCAAUGGCGGAUUGGGAAAAUUUACCAUUAACCAAAUGGAAUAUAAAACAACCGUCAUUAACGGAAGACAGAGAAGAUGCCUUAAAAACUGGAGGGUUAGAUUUGAUUAUUUCCCCUGGAGUAGCCUUUACCAAAACUGGGUUACGUAUAGGUCAUGGAGGUGGGUAUUAUGACAAAUAUUUCCAAAAUUUACGGGACAACCAGAAAAAACCUGUAACAUUUAUAGGGGUGGCUUUUAGAGAACAGAUUGUAAAUGAUAUACCGGUAGAAAGCACUGAUAUUGCACUUGAUGCAGUUAUAUAUCCUGAAUAAAAAAAUAUGAAAUAU